AGGGGCAGGCCGGCGCCAAGUCCUGGGCAGGAGCGGCGGCGCAAGCAAGGCACCGAGGCGCGCGGCUUCUGCAGCCACGAGGGCGCUGCGCUCUCCGCUCUCCGUUGCGCAAGAGCCGCCCCGAGGCGCGCGGCCGGGCCUCUCUUCCCCGCCUCGCCCUCCUCUCAGCGCGGCAACUCGGCCAGGAGGCGGAGAUCUUCGUCGGGAAGGCGGCGAGGGGCCAUGGCGGCCUCCUGUAGCAGCAGCAGCAGCAGCCGUCGGGCAGAUAACGGCUACGGCGCCAGCAGCCAGCAGCAGGCGGCCUCGCGGCGGCGGAAAGGGCCGGGCACCUUGGCCACGGCCUACCUGGUCGUUUACAACAUAGUCAUGACAGCCGGAUGGCUUGUUAUAGCGGUUGGCUUAGUAAGAGCAUAUCUUGCCACGGGUAGCUACCACAACCUUUACUAUUCAGUAGAAAAACCGUUGAAGUUCUUCCAAACCGCAGCUUUGCUUGAGAUUUUGCACUGUGCGAUAGGGAUUGUUCCCUCUUCUGUUGUCCUGACUGCUUUCCAGGUGAUGUCAAGAGUUUUUCUGACAUGGGCCAUAACUCAUAGUGUCAAAGAGGUACAAAGUGAAGAUAGCGUCCUCCUUUUUCUUGUUGCUUGGACGAUUACUGAGAUUAUACGUUAUUCCUUUUAUACCUUCAGCUUACUAAAUCACCUUCCAUACCUCAUCAAAUGGGCCAGGUACACAUUGUUCAUUAUCCUGUAUCCAAUGGGAGUGUCAGGUGAAUUGCUCACAAUAUAUGCUGCUCUGCCUUUCGUCAGACAGUCCGGCUUGUAUUCUAUCAGUUUACCUAACAAGUACAACUUCUCAUUUGAUUAUUAUAUAUUCCUGAUCCUGGUUAUGAUGUCCUAUAUUCCACUCUUCCCCCAGCUGUAUUUUCACAUGCUACAUCAGAGGAGAAAAGUACUUUCACCUGCCGAAGAACAGAAGAAAGCAGAAUAACUUGUGGUGGUGUUCAGAACUAUGCACAAACCUCAGAACAAGCAAACUUCCAGAGGUUUUAUCAACAAUUCAGAGUAUUAAACCAAGAAGUCAAAAUUUAAAAGUUUGGUAAAUUACUAAGCAUAUACCUUACAGCACUGAUAAUUUUUUUUUUCCAACAAAAUCAUCAGCCCGGGAAGUUGAAUUUUCAGCAUAUCCAUAUGUGGUGAAAUUCAAAUAUAUUUAUAAUUAUUUUAUCUUUUAAUUUAUUUGCUAAAAUUUCCAUUACGGCCUGUUUAUGUUGAUGGUAUGAGUGAUACAGUACAGUGCUUAAAUUGGGAGUAUUUUUUUUAUUUAAUGCUUGAUUGCAUGUCAGAUGUUCAUGUGCAUUGUUGUAGCUAUAUUGUCUGAGAUGCUUCAGCAGUUUUUCUGAAUCACAGUGGGCAGUCGAGGGGAGUCCCAUGAAAGACUUUACUGACUCUGUGUAUGUGGAUGAAGGGACAUUCCUUGGAAUUCAGGACACAGCCCUACAAUAAGCAUUAAAAAGCAUUACAGUGACUUCAGCAACCAGUUGCAUAAUCUACACAACUGAAUUUUUUGCAGUGGGGCCUUAAAGUAGUGCAGUGUUGCACAAGAGUAUGCGCUCUAAAGGUGCAACCAUUUUAUUACCUCAAACUUGCAUACUCUGUUGCUGUUCUUGAAUGAUUUUUCCUUCUUUUUCCUAAAUAGAGGCCCAGUUUUAUUGAAGUCCAUGCACACAAACCAAAUUUGUAACUGAUGUAGAAAAAUAUCACUUGGGAACUUUUUUAAGGCUUUGAAUUGUUCAAAUAUGUAUGUUUUGUGAAAUUUUGCAAGCAUAAGCAGAAAUUUUAAUUUCCAGCAUAUAAACAGGUUAUAUAAGGAGUCUUUUCCUAAAAUGAGCUUGUUUAGAGUUUUGAGAAUGUUUUAACAGCACCAUUAAUUUGUCCCUAAAUGCAGUAUUAAUGCUAGCAAAUCCUAUUGACUUCAAAGUUUACUCAUUCAAAGAACUUCACUUUUAUAACAGCACCAGACAAGAGAUUGUGGUCUGAAUGUUUUCUGAUUAAAUAAUUUUUUUGAACUGUC